AUACCAUUUCUAGUUCAUGCUAUCCCUUCUUGCUUUCUCCUCAAAUGGAUCCACAAAAGCUGAUAAAUUUUAGAUCAUUUCCCUAUGUAAUGAUCAUCUUCUUGAUCACCUUAGCAAUGGCACCCGGAACCAUGUCCGCCGACUCACACUUCGAAGCUUGUAUGCGUCGAAGCUGUGGUAACGGUCCCGAUAUAAGCUACCCUUUUUGGAUUUUCAAAGAACAAGAAUCGUUCUGCGGAUAUCCGAACUUCGAGAUCACCUGCAAAGAGAAAGAUCCUAUACUCAAAAUUUCUGAGGAAACUUACAUCAUCAGAGAUAUAUUUUACAACAACAAUUCAUUGCUUGUUGUCAAUUCUGUUGUUCAUGAGGAUCAUUGUCCGACUCCCUGGAAAAAUGUUAGUCUCGAUCGAACUCCGUUUAGCCUUAGUCCUGAUAAUGUCAAUCUUUCCAUUUUAUACUACUGUGAGGGGCAACCGACGUACCAUACAUAUCCAGUAAGUUGUGCUAGCAAUACUUCAUUCCAUUCCUUCGCUGUUUUCCACAAAGAAGCUUUGGAGAAUACUAAUUACUCGAUCGAGUCAUGCCAAACUCUGAUCGAAUCCCCCGUGUACGUCAACGACGGUGUUAGUUUCGUUAGCUUAUUACGAAUGAAUUAUACCGACGUUUUGAAGUUGGGGUUCGUUUUGAACUGGAUUGCACAUAGUUGCAGCAACUGUAAGAGAAGUGGAGGCCGCUGCGGUUUCGGUAAUACUGAUGAAUUCGUUUGCUUUUGCUCGGACGGACCUCAUCCUAAGACCUGCAACGACGGUAACUGCAUAGGGCAUACAUUCUAACUCUACCAAUUCUUCCUUCCAUGACUUCUUCAUAUUUUUUUUUUGUUAUUUUUUUCAUUUUAGCUUUCCUGAAUCGGUUUUACUCGAGAGGCAAGUUAUCAGUUAUCUUUCAUUUGCACUAUUGCUUCGGCAGUUGCCAUUC